AUGGUGAUUUCAUCCUGGGAAAACCAAACAAUACUAGUGGAAUUUGUUCUUAGAGGAUUCUCAUCCAUCCUACAGCUAAAUAUUUCCCUCUUUAUUAUGUUUUUCAUUUUCUACAUCUUGACUAUUUCUGGAAAUAUCCUCAUUGUCCUCUUAGUUUUGAUCAACAGUCCCCUCCACACUCCCAUGUACUUUUUCUUGGUGAACUUGUCCUUUCUGGAAAUCUGGUAUACCUCCAACAUUGUGCCCAAGAUGUUACUGAUUAUCAUAGCUGAACAGAAGACCAUUUCUGUGGCUGGUUGCCUGGCACAGUUCUACUUCUUUGGAUCUUUGACUGCAACUGAAUGUCUCUUGCUUGGUGUGAUGUCCUAUGACCGCUACCUGGCCAUCUGUCAACCUCUCCACUACUCAAUCCUCAUGACUGGUUCCUUCUGCAUUAGGCUGGCUGCUGGCUCUUGGCUCUGCUGUUUCCUCCUGACAUCAAUCACCAUGGCCUUGCUGUGUAGGCUAACCUUCUGUGGACCUAAUGAAAUUGAUCAUUUCUUUUGCGACUUCGCCCCUCUGGUCCAUCUCUCUUGCAUGGACACCUCACUGACUGAAACCAUUGCCUUUGUCACCUCAUCAGCAGUGACUCUAGUUCCAUUCUUCCUUAUCAUAGUCUCCUACUCCUGUAUUCUCACUGCUAUUUUAAGAAUCCCUUCUGGCACAGGUCGGAAAAAAGGCUUCUCCACAUGCUUAUCCCACCUCACUGUGGUCAUGGUGUUUUAUGGGACACUGAUUGCCACAUACCUCGUGCCCUCUGACAACUCUUCCCAACUAUUGCACAAAGGGUUCUCUCUGCUCUACACCAUCCUGACACCCAUGUUCAACCCCAUCAUCUAUAGUCUAAGAAACAGAGACAUCAAUGAAGCUCUGAAAAAGUGCUUGAGUAAGAAGCCAUGUUUCCUCAGAUGA